AUGAUUCCGACUGGCAUGAAGAUAGUUGUUAUUGGGAAUGCGAAUGCGCUGUUCUCGGCUUUGCGAGUCAUGGCAACAUGCAACUACGGGGGCAAGGUAAUGGGCAUAUCAACAACGCUAUUAUGUGAUUGUCAGAACUCGGUGUUGUUCUCCGUUCUUUUUGGACUUGUCACAAUUUUGCACAUCAUACAAGGAUUCUAUUAUCGUAAAAGGUUCACUUGGGUUAUUGUCAUGGCUGGAAUCUGGCAAACUAUCGGCCUCGUCACCCGCACACUGUCGACACUAGAUCAAUCACAAAGCACGUACGCAAUACCGUCGCAGCUGCUUAUACUCCUUUCACCACUGUGGAUUAACGCUUUCGACUACAUGCUUUUGGGCCGCAUGGCGUAUUAUUUUUUACCGGACCAUAAAAUAGCAGGAAUGAGAGCAGAUAAGUUGGCCAGGUGGUUCGUACUUGCUGAUAUCACAGCCUUCAUUGUACAAGGCGCAGGUGGCAGUCUUACCACUAGCACAGAUUCAACAACGCUGAUGCUUGGUGUGCACAUCUAUAUGGGAGGUAUUGGGCUGCAAGAAUGCUUCAUUAUAUUUUUCUUCGGACUUGCCGUUAUGUUCCAUAAACGAAUGAACCGAGGAGAAGGACUAGAAAGACCGAGGGAUUGGAGAAGACUUCUGUACGUCCUUUACGCAACACUGGGUUUGAUAACGCUUCGUAUAAUUUAUCGUCUGGUUGAGUAUUCCGAUGGAUUUCACUCGACGAUAACGGAGAGCGAGGCGUUUUACUACUGUCUGGACGCAUUGCCGAUGUUCUGUGCUAUCGCCCUCUACAACGUCUGGCAUCCAGGCUUGAUCCUUAUAGGCCUAGACAGUGACUUUCCUAAGAAAGUGAAAAAGACGAAGGAGGAAAAGAAGCGAGAAAAAGAGGAGGAGAAGAAUAGGAAACAUAGAAGGAAUUUAAGUGAGGAGGAUGUUCCGACGCAAUGGAGAGUCAAUGCAUCGUACGCCGGACGCGAUAUGGACGCCAGUGGCUUUGAAUCCGUCGAAACAGUUUAG